AUGUAAUAAAUUCAAUUUAAAGUAGGAGAUUAUGUUUAAUUAACAAAUACCCAAAAUAAAGAUUAAGAAGGAUAUAUAAAAUUUAUAGGUUAAUUGGAAGGAAAAGAAGGAAUAUGGGUUGGUGUUGAACUGACGAUAUAAAAAGGAACACAUAAUGGUACAUUUUAAGAUAAAAAGUAUUUUGAAUGCAAAGAAUUACAUGGAAUAUUUGUUCGUGAAAAACAUUUAAAACUAUAUUAGCCUCCUGUAUAAAAAUCAGAAGAAAAACAAGUUAACUAACAAAUAACAUCAAGUCAAUUAAUUUAAAGUACAAACGAAAGCGUAAGAGUUCAAUAAUUAAAAGAAGAAUUAGAAAGAAAAGAAGAUGAUUUAUCUGAUUUAACUCAGACAAUCCAAAAACUACAAUAAAAAUUAGAUAAAGAAGAAAGCCUUCGUUUAUUACAGACAAAAGACUUAGAAAAAAAAUGUGAAGAACUCUAAUAAAAAUUAUAUUAAACUUCUUAAAAUCAACACGAAAAAUAAGUGCAAGAAAUAAUCAAAUUUCAAGAAGAAAUUUAAGAACUGAAAUAAGCAUUAGAAGAGCAAUCAGAAAUAUCAAACAGUACAGAAUCUUUAGUUGAAAAAUUGUUAAUUUAAAAAGAAUAAUUAGAAUAAAAAUAUGAAAAUCUUCAAUAAGAAAACGAAAUUCUCCUCUAAGAAAAUAAAAAAUUAAAAGAUAAUUAACUAUAAGCUGAUCUUGCACUUGAAGAAGCUAUGCAAGCACAUGAUUUUCCCGGUUCAGGUUCAGACGAGUAAUUCUGUAAAAUAAAUGCAAGAUUAAGGCAGGCCGUUUAGCUUUUGAAUGAAGAAUUAGAAUUAGAAAAAAUCGAAAGUUUGGAAAAAAUUAUUGAAUUGAAAAAUUAACUGGAAUAAAUGCCAUAAUUAAGAAAUACUAUUGCAGAAUAAGAACGAAAAAUCGGAACUUUAAGCUUAUAAAUUAAUGCUUUAAAUAAUGAAAUUGCUGAUUUAAAAGAGUAAUUAGAAAUUAAUUAAGAAUCAGUAAAUUUAAUAGAAAAAAUAACUGAAUAAAACCAAAAAAUGGAAGAAAAUAUCAUCGAAUAUAGACGUUAAAUAAAAGAACUUAAAGAGUAUCAAAAAAUAAAUUAAGAUCUUCUCCAAAACUACGAAGAAAACGAAAAAGAUAUGUAAAACGACUUAAAUUCCUUUGAAUUUUAAAUUUAUGAGCUAAAAAGAAUUCUUGAAGAAAAAGAAGAGCAAAUCUAAGAAUUGUAAAACCUUAAUUUUAAAAUUAGAGAAAAAGCAAAUUUUUAUAAGUAACAAUAAGUAGAAGCUUAAUAAGAAAUAAGUACUACAGGAGAAGAAAAUCCGAAAAAAGCAGCCGCAUAUCAAAAAUUAUUAGAAACAAACCAAGAAUUAUUGCAAGAAAAAAGAGAAAUGAUUUCUAAUAAUCUAUCAAAAAAAAUUUCUAAUAAUACUAACUCAUUUAAUGAAAGAAGCGAUUAUUCUUCUAUAAAAGAUUUAACAUCAAAUGAUUAAUUUACAAAAUUAGCUAAUUUUAUCUUUUUAAUUAAUCAACCUAGUGCAGAUCCUGAAAGGAAAAAGAUUCUAUUAUAAAUAAAAAGUUCCUCAGACGAUGAUGUAGAUAUGGAUUAUGAUAGUGAUGAUUUAAUAGACAUAACAAAAAAGAAAGAUAAGAUCGAAGAAGAAGAAGAAGAUGAAGAAUCAUGCUCAUCAAAUAAUGAAUCUGAAGAAAUCGAAACAUUAAAUGUUGAAAUAGAGUUUAAAGAUGCAAACGAGGACAUGUUUCAUUCCAUAAAAGCAUUUAUGAGCAAAUACUUAGAUGGAAUAUCAAAUAAUUCAAGUGAAUAUGCUGAUAUAUUAAUAAAGUAAAUAUUAUUAGGAACAUUUAUGGUUAUGGAUGAUGAAGAAGACAAGCAAAAAGUAAAGACAUUAUCGAUUAUAUUUUGA